UGAUUCCGAUUCCCGGUUCGAUCAAUAGGUCCUUCGUUUUCUCUCGCGCUUCUAAGCGGAGUCCUCAUUCUCAAGAGCUUCCUCUGCGGAAUCUUCCCGCAAACUGCUUUUUCCCUCUGCUUUCUCAUGAUCCAAACGUCGGAGAGAACCCCAAAUUCGCCUGGAAACCCUAGCUGAUGGGUGUCUCGUUCAAGCUCUCGAAGACUGGCCGGAAGUUUUCCCCGAAACCUUCUCUGAUCCAACCGGAGGCUCGUGAGGACGACGUGUCCCAGAAUUCGAAGGGAACCUCUCGCCUUGGAUCCAAAGAAGGGUCGAGCGCUCGAAAGAUCGAGGACACUAAAUCUCAGGUGGGUAAAGAGGCUUCGGGGGUAUCUGCAUCAUUCUUCUCGACCGAUGAAAACCCUAUUUCUGCAGGGGACGAAGUUUCCUUCACGUUGAACCUCUUCCCUGAUGGAUACUCUAUAGGAAAACCUUUGGAGAGUGACACAUUACAGCAUGCUUCGAAGUUCUUACGUCCCUAUAACAGGACAUCUGAAAGUCUCUUCUCGGCAAUUGAAUGUGGUCGGUUACCUGGAGAUCUCCUUGACGAUUUACCUUGCGUAUACAUUGACGGUUCACUUAUCUGUGAGGUGCGGGACUAUCGGAAAUAUGCAUCUAAUAAGGGGCCCCAUCUUCCAGAUGUGGUUGAUUCGCCUGUUGUUACUAAAGUGCGGCUGAAAAUUUCCUUGGAGAACAUUGUUAAGGAUAUACCAUCUAUUUAUAAUUCUUGGACGUACGGUGAUCUAAUGGAAGUAGAAUCCAGGAUAUUGAAGGCAUUACAACCACAACUGUGUUUGGAUCCUACUCCCAAGCUGGAUAGGCUCUCCAAAAGUCCAGUUCCAGAAAAGCUACAUAUGACUUUAUCUAGUCUACACAAAAAGAGAUUAAGACAUGUGCCGGAAAUCUCUGUGACUUCCAGUAACAAAAUCCACGGGAAGAAAAUCUGCAUAGAUAGAGCUCCGGAAAGGUCUGAUUCAGGAAUUAUCCAAGGGAAUGUAUUAUCACAUGUCCAUGAGAAUCUGGGUGCCCAAUGUGCUGGAGCUGGCAACACACUAGCUCUAAGACCAAAAGGCUAUAUACCAGAUGCAUCUUUUCCAACACUGCCAAUGAUGUCCCAGCAACAAAGGUAUCAAAUGUUAGCUGGGAAUGUUAGGGGCAUGCAGGAUCGUGGAGCUUCCCCUGGUGGCCAGGACACGAUGAUUUCAUACUCGGAUAGUAACUCUACGAUUUCCCUUCAUGCAAAGAGAGAGAAUCAAGAUGGGCAAACAUCACCCAGGUCUAGCUUUAAUAAGAGGCCAAGACUUGCACAUGGAGUUCCUGAUGGCACUCAGCAGCAGCCAUUAGGCCUUCAGAUGGAGAACUUCCAUGCAUCAGACUUAAAUUUGAAGAACACCCUUUUGCAGCAGCAAGUAAUUUCUAGAGGAAUUCAAUUUGGUAAUGCAAGUAUGCAGAAGUUCCCCCAGCAGGCACUUGAAGGGGUCCUGAAUCCAGAGGUAGCGGCAGCAUCCCUACCAUCAGGGCCAAUGGGCAUGAGGCAUCGUGCAAAGGAAGAACAACUAGAUACACAGAUGGACGCUACAGAAGUAAAUCGGAAUAGGUCUGACGUCCAGACAGUGGAGACCGAAAAGGACCGCAUGGGUCCUCAGCAACCACAACUUCAACAAAGGUUGCCAAAUCAUCCAUACAUGAGAACUGGUUUCUCUCAGGCAUCUUGGAAUAAUGUCAAUCACCAUAUUGAUAGUCAUUUGAAAAAGGAGGAACAGAUACAGAAAAGGAAAUCAGUGCAAAGUCCACGUGUAUCUGGUGGAACCUUGGCUCAGUCUCCUUUAUCAUCAAAAUCUGGGGAAUUUUCUAGUGGUUCAGUUGGACCACAGUAUGGGGCAGCUGCAGUGACUCCUGUGCCUGGAUUGUUGCCCAAGGAAAAGGCUGCAAUAACCGCAGUUCCUCCUGUUGGAGGGACAGGAUCUUUAACUUCUAGUGCCAAUGAUUCUACGAUGCGACAGAACCAGGCCCAGGCUGCUGCAAAACGAAGACAGAACUCACUUCCAAAGACGCCAGUAAUCAGCGGUGUUGGCUCUCCUGCUAGUGUGAGCAAUAUUGGUGUUGCAUUAAAUGCAAGCAGUCCUUCUGUUGGAACCCCACCUCUAGUUGAUCAAACAAUGCUUGAGAGGUUUUCAAAGAUUGACAUGAUUAUGAUCAGGCACCAACUUAACCGCAAAGAGAACAAGGCAGAUUACCCAGUCAGGAAGCCCGGCCCCUUUCCAACUGAUAGUCUUUUGUUAUCGCUACACAAUGUUUCCAACGAUGAGAAUUUUAAGGAGGAUUCAUGUGCCAGACCACUCUCGAAGUCACUGGUUGGAGGCAGCACGAAUAUUUGCAAGACUAGGUUCCUCAACUUUGUGCAGCCAGAGCGAUAUCUUCAAGGGAAUGUUGUCUCAUACCGGGCUCAGACCAGCUUGAUCAUGUCCGAGAAACUAAGUGAUGGUACUGUUGCUAUGCACUAUGGAGAUGUGGAAGAUGGUGAUAUUCUGGCUUCAGAGGAGCAUCUUCCAACACUACCAAAUACUCAUUUGGCAGAUUUGCUGGCAGCCCAGCUUUGCUCAUUGAUGAUACGCGAUGGAUUUCAUGUGGAAGAUCGUGUCCAACUGAAACUGACCCGCAUGAAUCUUGCCCCAAACAGUCAACCUAAUGCUCCUGGAAUUCCUCAUAAUAAUUCCAUUGCUGAUGUCCCACAUUAUCCUGAAGGAGUUUUAGGUCAAUCAUCCGGUGAAGUGUUGAAUACAGCUAAUAGUGGCAAUGUAUCUCUCGGUUCAUCUGUGAAUAUUCCUCCUCAUGCAAGGAUGCUGCCUCCUGGAAACCCUCAUUCCUCACAAAUAGCUUCAGUCAUGCCUGGAGUCUCUGUGCCUGGACGGCCACAACAGCUAGAUUCACAGUCCUCACUGCAGCAACAGGCUCAGCAGCUGCAGCAACAACCAUUACAUAACCAAAAUCCUACGGUUCAACAGCGUCUUGCUCAGUUUCCAAGAUCCCCAAUGAUGCUCGGUACAAAUCCCCUCUCGCACUUGAAUGCCAGCCAGAAUACUAAUAUGCAGUUGGGCAAUCACAUGGCAAAUAAGCCAUCCCCUCUGCAUCUUCAGAUGUUACAGCAGCAGCAACCGCAGCAACAACAGCAGCAAUCACAACAGCAUCAACAAUCACAACUUCAAAGGAAACUGAUGAUGAGUAUGGCAGGUGCUAACUUGGUUGGGCUUGGUGGCAUCAGUAACACCAUGAGUAUGGCAGGUGCAAAGGGAAUGGGAGGGGCUGGAAUUUCAGCACCCAUGGGCCAAAUGUCAAACAUUGGUAAUGUGGGUCAGAAUCCGAUGAACAUGGCCCAGGCCUCUCACAUUAGCAAUUCAAUGACCCAGCGACUGCCAUCGGGAGCAUUGUCACCCGCACAAACUGCUUUGUUGGCAUCAAAACUUCGGUUGGUGCCGCCGAAUCGAGCUGUGCUAGGGGGCACUCAGUCUGGCAUAGCUGGUGUCUCUGGAGCUCGACCAGUGCACCCAGGCUCUGGUGGCCUGUCAAUGUUGGGCACCGGAAUAAAUCGAGCUAACAUAAGUCAAGCGCAGCAUGCAGCAAUGGGGGCAAUGGGCCCACCAAAGUUGAUGGGGAUGAAUCCAUAUAUGAAUCAGCAGCAGUCACCACAACAGCAGCAACAGCCAAUGCAGCUGCAGCUGCAGCACCAACAGCAGCAGAUGCAGUUGCAACAACAGCAACAGCAAUUGCAGCAGCAGCCACAGCAACUCCACUUGCAGCAACAACAGAUGCAACAGCAGCAGCAGCUGCAUCAGCUAGAAACAACCUCACCCUUGCAAGCUGUUAUGUCACCACCACAAAUAGGUUCACCUUCAAAUAUGGCAAUUCCACAAUUGAGCUCACAAUCACAACAGCAGCAACAGCAAUCUAGUCCCCAGCAAAUGAGCCAAAGAACCCCAAUGAGCCCACAACAGAUCAGCUCUGGGACAAUGCAUGGCAUGAGUGCUGGUAAUCCAGAAGCUUGUCCCGCAAGUCCACAGUUGAGUUCUCAGACCCUAGGGUCUGUUGGCAGUAUAAACAAUUCUCCAAUGGAGCUACAAGGUGUUAAUAAAAGCAACUUGAGCAGUGCAUAAUGAAGUCCUUGGCUACGUACUUACUGAAUCGUUUCUUAACUUAGCGGAGAUGUUUGAAAGAUUUUUUAGAGGUUUUUGUUUGUAUAAGAUGAAGUCGAAGAGGUAGUUGUUGAUAAAAGUGCAUGCCGAGGCUUUGAAUAGGAGCAAGGGAUAAUCUUCCCCUUGGCUUCCUAGGAAAGGGCUGGUUUUUAGACUCUGAUACAAUUGAUAUUGAUGCUGGAAAUCACCAAUAAAUUGAUUAAAAAAGCAUGACACUUGCACUGUGGUGUGUCUCGGGUUCUAA